CACCAAUUAGCCGCCGGAUCAUUAGAUGGAAUCCUCUCCGUUUACGACUCUCAUGUUCCUUCAGCUUCGUCUUCUUCUUCUUUCACUAGCACUUCCAAAGUUAGGACACACAUGAUCUUGAGUGGAAACCGUGUAAGAGUAUCAAGAACAAGUCUAGCCAAGUGCUCGAUGUUCAAUAUGGGUUUCGAGAAAGAGUCUAAAGUAGUGAGCUUCUGUGUUGCAACAUAUUCUGAUGGGUAUCUCAGGAUAUUUGAGCUGUUGAAUCCGUUGGAAUUGAAUAAUUGCCAGCUUCAGGCCGAGUUUCAGAAUGUUAUCGAUUCUCUGUCGACUCUGGGCAAACCUUCAAGCUUGUCUGCGUCUGUUUCUUGGAAUCCAGUGAGGAGUGACGAGCAAGAGCCCAGCUUUGUUUUAGCUUUCAACUCUGAUUCUCCGCAUCUUAAUUCUUCCAAGAUAUGGGAGUUUGACGAAGCUCAUAACAAAUGGUUGGCAGUAGCAGAAUUAGCCUUGCAAGAAAACAAAGGUGAUCCAGUUUAUGCCGUGUCAUGGUUCCCAAACAUUGGCCGACCAUACGAGGUUGUCGCUGUUGCAACUCAUAGAGGCAUUGGAAUAUGGCAUGUUGGUCUAGCUCCUGACCAUGACGGAAGGGUUCUGGUAAAGAAGGCUGCCUCGCUUUCUGGUCACCAAGGCGAGCUUUGGCAGAUUGAAUGGGAGAUGAGCGGCAUGACUUUAGCUAGCACAGGAAGCGAUGGGAUUGUCAAAUAG